GACUUCAGCCAGCAAGUGCAGAAGCGCUGUUGCUGCCUCAGCUACACCUGGGUUUUUCCUUGUCUUGCAGUUUGUAGCUUAGAAGAACGGUGUGCAAGCGACUCCAGCUCUUCCCACACCCAGGCUGGUGUCUUCUGGUGCAGUAGCUCCGAGAUGAAGCCACGCUGGAAAAUCCUUAUGGCCACUCCUCUGUUCUUUCUCCUGACCCUUCACACCUUGGCCUCUCCAGCCUAUGACCACCAGCCCAGCACCAGACGCUCCAAAGUCUGUAUAGGGUGUGUGCUGGUGGUGUCUGUGAUUGAACAGCUUGCUCAAGUUCACAACUCAACGGUCCAGACCUCAAUGGAGAGACUGUGCAGCUACUUGCCUGAAAAACUGUUCUUGAAGACCACCUGCUAUUUAGUGGUAGGCAUAUUUGGACCAGACAUCAUAAAACUGCUCAGAGCGGAUGUAAAUGCGGAUGUGGUGUGUCACACCCUGGAGUUUUGUAAACAGGACCCUGGCCAACCCUUGUGUCACCUCUAUCCCCUUCCCAAGGAGACGUGGAAAUUGACACUAGAGAAGGCAAGACAGAUUGUCAAGAAAUCCCCAACUCUGACAUAUUCCAGAAGUGGUUCUGAUAUUUGUUCACUCCCAUUUUUGGCCAAGAUCUGUCAGAAGAUUAAAUUGGCUAUACAAAAUUCUUUACCAUUCAAAGAUGCAGAUUCAGACAAAUACAGUGUUUUCCCAACACUGCGGGGCUCUCACUGGCGAGGGAGAGACUGUAACGACAGCAACAAGAUGGCAUACCCAGGCAGAAGGCCAGACAACUGGGAUACACAUCAGGAUUCAAACUGUAAUGGCAUUUGGGGUGUUGAUCCAAAAGAUGGAAUUCCAUACGAGAAGAAAUUCUGUGAAGGUUCACAGCCCAGGGGAAUCAUUUUGCUGGGAGACUCAGCUGGGGCUCAUUUUCACAUCCCUCCCGAUUGGAUCACAGCUUCACAGAUGUCUUUGAACUUCAUCUGCCAGGCCCCGCUGGAAGCUAAACCUCCAGAGCAGCAGAGUGCACUGUUCUCUGUGGCUGCCUUUCCCCAGCAUGUGUCAGGCCAGAACAGGCCCUGGAACAAAUCCUUCUUCAAUUUACCAACAGCUCUUACCAAUGAACUCGACUGGCCCCAACUCUCUGGCACUACUGGAUUUCUGGACUCCACUAGCGGAGUUAAAGAAAACUCUAUUUACCUUCGUUUACGGAAAAGAAACCACUGCAAUCACAGGGACUACCAGAACAUUUCCAGAAAUGGUGCAUCUUCCCAAAACCUGGAGAGAUUUAUAGAAAGUUUGUCUAGGAACCAGCUGUUGGACCAACCAGCCAUUGUCGUAUACGCCAUGAUUGGAAAUGAUGUCUGCAACGGGAAGAUUGAUCCCGUCCCAGGAAUGACCACUCCUGAAAAAUUGUACUCAAAGGUCAUGCAGACUCUGCAGUAUCUAGAUUCUCACCUGCCAAAUGGCAGCAAUGUUAUUUUAUACGGCUUACCAGAUGGAACCUUUCUCUGGGAUAAUUUGCACAGCAGAUAUCAUCCUCUCGGCCAGCUGAACAAGGACGUGACCUACGCGCAUCUCUACUCCUUCCUGAGCUGUCUCCAGGUCAGCCCCUGCCACGGCUGGAUGUCUUCCAAUAAAACGCUCCGGACUCUCACUUCAGAGAGAGCAGAACAACUCUCCAAUAUGCUGAAAAAAAUUGCAACCAGCCAGAAAUUUACGAACUUCAAUCUUUUCUACAUGGAUUUUGACUUCCAAGAAAUCACGGAGGAGUGGCAGAAGAGCGGAGGGCAGCCCUGGCAGCUCAUUGAACCCGUGGAUGGAUUCCACCCUAAUGAGGUGGCUUUACAGCUGUUGGCAGAUCGCUUCUGGAAGAAGGUGCAGCUCCAGUGUCCCCAGGUCCUGGGAAAGGAGAAUCCAUUCAACCCCCAGAUUGAGCAGGUGUUUGGAGACCAAGGGGGGCACUAAGUCCUCAGGGACACCUGCUCCUGGGGAGCUCAAGAAGGCAGAAACUUGGGUAAACUCAUUCAAGAAACGGUUAUGGGAGCGGCUGUGUCACAAGCUCACAGGCCCCUCUUCAGCAGCAUCUUUGCAAAGUGCUUUUCUCCCACUUAAAA